AAACUUAGGGAGGAUGUCGAGCGAUAUGUCGAAAGAGAAAUCGAGUUUGAUUAGAUAUGUUAUACUCAUCAUCUCAAUGCUUUUGAGUACGUCUAUCCAAAGCAAUCAGCAAGCCCUCAGCUUUACGGUAAUUUGCAUGCAAGAUGUGGUGGAUUCUCAGGCAACAAAUGAGACAGCAAAACACCACUGGCUGAAUGAUCCAGCUAAGAAAAAUGCCCUUUUCUCUAUCGUAGCUGUUGGACAAUUAAUUGGAAUUUUCCCUAUUGUUCCAGCUAUGCAGCGAAUUGGGCUGAGGUACAUCUUCACCUUUUAUGGUCUGGUGACAGCAUGCGCCACACUUUUUCUUCCUCUGGCGGUGGACCUUGGCCAUAUCUAUGUUGCCAUUGCUAGAAUGUUGCAGGGUUUUUCGGUAGCGAUAGCCUUUGUAACCGUUGGAGCUAUUACAUCACAAUGGUCAGUACAUCGAGAGUCAGGAAGCUACAUAGCAAUGCUAUCGGCCGCCGCUCAGCUUUCUUCAACCAUAACCAUGCCCCUCGCUAGCGCAUUCUGCGAAUCGUCAUUUGGGUGGAGGUACCUGUACUAUACCUUUGGAGUUUCCGGUGUGCUACUGUCUUUAUUGUUUUUCGUAUUCUACAAGGAUAAUCCAAGAAAACAUCGGCUGGUCAGCUCUAGGGAACUCUCAGCAAUUACAUUAGGCAAAGAAGAACAUAUUAGGAAAGAAACUGUGCCAUACAAGGAAAUCUUGAAAGACCGUUGUAUACAAGCAAUAUUCCUGACCACGUUCAGCGGCAAUACAGCUUUCUUCAUUUUUCUACAAUUUGGUCCGACUUAUAUGAACAUGGCACUCGGGUUUGAUGUUUCUGAGACUGGCUUUGUUACGGCUCUACCCUAUGCAUUGAGCUUGGUACUGAAAUUUGUUGCUGGACCGCUUUUUGACUUAGCCACAUUCAUUCCCGAAAAACACCGGAUGAUUAUGUUCGCAUCGAUCUCUCAAGGCUUCAUGUCACUAUGCUUCUGCGUGUUGGCGCAGACACGAAAUCGACUGAUAGCUCAAAUUGCAUACAGCGGAGCAAUAGCAUGCAAUGGUUUAAACAUUGUUGGUUCCAUCAAAUGCGCUCAAGUGGUCGCUAGGCAGCACGUUCAUUUUGUUAUCGUUUGCAUAACACUUUUUGGAUGCAUUAUUAGCUUUAUAUUGCCUGUACUCGUCACAAUCGUCUGCCCCGACAAUACUGUUGAUGAGUGGUCGCACCUCUUCCUCGGUGUAAGCGUAUUCGUCAUCAUCACCAACAUUCCAUUUCUUUUCCUUGCUAGAGCUCUGAUGGGGAGAGAAAAGAGCAGUGUGAUAAGAUAUAUCGUACUCAUUAUUUCACUUCUCCUAAACACUUCUAUUCUAAGCAAUCAGCAAGCUUUGAACUUCACAUUGAUUUGCAUGCAGGAUGUAGUAGAUCUUCAGACAACAAAUGAAACAGCACAUCAACACUGGUUAAUUGAUCCAGCUAAGAAAAAUGCGCUCUUCUCUUUUGUUGCUGUUGGACAAUUGGUCGGCACACUUCUUGUUGUUCCCGCUAUGCAGCAAAUUGGACUCAGGAAACUUUUCACUAUCAAUGGUCUCGUAACGGCAUUUGCUACCCUCUUCCUUCCUUUAGCAGUAGAUUUCGGACACGAAUAUGUUGUCAUUGCUAGAAUACUUCAGGGUUUUUCUUUAUCAAUAGUGUUCGUGGCAGUUGGAGCCAUUACCUCGCAGUGGUCGGUUCAUCGAGAAUCAGGAACUUACAUAGCAGUGCUAUCUUCUGCAUUUCAACUAUCGUCUGCCAUAACCAUGCCUAUUGCCAGCGCAUUUUGUGAAUCCUCACUCGGUUGGAGGUAUCUAUACUACACUUUUGGAGCAUUCGGGUUAUUUCUGUCCUUGUUAUACUUCAUCUUUUACAAAGACGACCCAAGAAAACACCGACUAAUUAGUCCCAAGGAGCUCUCUGCAAUAACUCUCGGUAAGGAGGAGCAUAUCAGGAAGGAAGCUGUGCCAUACAAAAAAAUACUGAGUGACCGUUGCAUACAAGCUGUUCUUCUAUCAACGCUCAGUGGAAAUGCAGCUUUUUUCACGUUUUUACAAUUCGGUCCGAUUUACAUGAAUAUGGCUCUUGACUUCGAUGUUGCGGAAACGGGAUAUUCCAUCGGUUUAGCUUAUACACUGAGUUUAGUGGUGAAAUAUGUGGCUGGACCACUUUUCGAUAUAGCGACGUUUAUGUCCGAAAAACACCGUAUGAUCAUGUUUGCGUCGCUCUCCCAGGUAUUCGUGUCGCUGUCUUUUUGGAUUCUAUCACAGAAAGUAAGCAAAUUUCUUGCUCAAAUAGCCUGUACUGGAGUGAUAGCUUCCAAUGGCUUGAACAUCGUAGGAACUAUCAAAUGCGCUCAAGUGGUGGCUAGGCAGCACGUUCACUUUGUCAUAGUAUGCAUAACUCUCAUCGGAUGUGUCAUCAGUUUUUUCCUACCUGUACUCGUCACUGUCAUCUGCCCCAAUAGCACUGCCGAAGAAUGGUCGCUGCUCUUCAUUGGCCUGGGCAUUUUCGUCAUCCUCACUAAUGUUCCUUUUCUUUUUCUCGCAGAAAGUGAGCCUGCAUCGUGGACAAAGAGAACUCCUAAGUGCUCUAGCAUCGAACAAGGCACAAGGACAAUCGAGGAUGGCGGGGCAAUUUCACAUGAACAACCUAAAAAUUGAUCUAUUUUGCAAAAAUGCUUUACUAAAAGUCUCAGAAUUCUGAGACUAUAACUGGGAUAACUGAUCCCUGAACACAUUGGGGAAUAAGUCAAAGCGUUGAGCGUUUUAUUAAUUACGUUAUGCAAUGCGUUAGAGCAAACUGGGCAAUCCUUUACCGGCUGUCAUGUCACAAAAAACCUUGGAC